CCUUUUUAGCGAUCCCCGCAUCCUCCUCUAGACCCCAUAGAAAGAUCCGGAGACUAGGCUUUUCAUCAUGACUCAAGCUGGUCAUACGGCGAGAAGAGGUUGUGCAUACCAAGGGCUAUAGAAGUGGAAGAUAGCCGAAAUGAUACAAGGAAAUAAAGCCACGCCAGCACGCUCAGACGCCGAUCGUGCAAGCAAGCCCGUACAUAAAGCAAGUUCGCUAACAAUUUAACUCGUUUUUUCUCGCUCGUGUCACUCGACGUCUCAUCUCAUGUUUCACAGCCUCCCCCAAAAGCCCGUGCGAGCAAGAUGCUCAACCUCGUCAACUACCGACUCAAGGUCACCCUGAACGAUGGAAGACAGUUGAUCGGACAGAUGUUGGCGUUUGACAAGCACAUGAACAUGGUGUUGGCCGAAUGUGAAGAGUUUAGGCGGGUCAAGGGCAAGAAGUCAAAGACCUCGACGGACCCUAAAGAAUCCGCUCCUGAAGUCGAACAGAAGCGAACUCUCGGCCUGGUCAUCCUCCGUGGAGAGACGAUUGUAUCCGUCAGCGUAGACGGACCACCGCCAAACAAGGAGGACGGACCGGGAAUGAUGGCUGGGCCUGGAAAGGGAGUUGCCGCUGGUAGAGGGAUGCCUUUGAUGCCCCCUGCGGGUGGAAUUUCGGCCCGACCGAUGCCGUAUGCUCGACCCCCUGCUGGUUUCCCUCCUGGUAUGAUGCCUCCCGGUUUCCCAGGUGCUCCCGCUGGUAUGCCCCCUGGUUUCCCUCCUCAAGGUAUGCCCCCAGGUUUCAGGCCCGGUAUGCCUCCUGUCGGGUUCCCUCCGCAGGGUAUGCCUCCCGGCUUCCCUAUGAGGCCUCCUCAAUAGAUGGUCUUGCUUUCAAAAGAACCCUCUCUCCGAUAAUCAUUACCCCAUCCUCCUUUCUUCCUCCUUUGCUUGCUCAUUCUACCCCUUGGCAAAUAUCCUCUGUCCUCCAUGCCCAUAUCGACCCUUUCGAUCAUCCAACCCCGCUUCUUUUGGUCACGAUAUGCAUCACGAUAGCUCGGACCGUAUCGUGCUUGUUUUGUAACGAAAAAUCAGAUACAGAAUUUGUUCUCGACGGCAAACAGCUGUGUGUGCCUCUUGUGGUUCGUCUCGGAUUGGGGUAGGUCGACAAUAUGCAAAACACGCGAUGAGCGGGUUAGUCGCUGCAGACCAACAGCUAAGCCUGACGUGUCGAGGAGAAUGACGUCCAGCG